AUGGAGGAUGGUUCUGAGCAACAACAUCCGGCUACGUUUGACAGCAUUCCAAUGAGGUGGUCAGAACAACAAUCAUAUCCUCACUCAUACCAUGGCACGCCUGCGCAAGAGUAUACAGGGUUUGGCUGGGGGUCGCCACCACUUCCAAUGCAUUCUGCUGCCUUCUCGCAAUCACCACCGUUGAGACCAACGCACCAACAACUGCAGCCAUUGAUGAUGCCUUGGCCGAGCAUGAUAGGAAGUCAACAGACUUUCUAUCCACCCUUGCUACCGCAGACUCAAGUGGGCACGAUAUCGCCUCCCACUGUGACGCCGGUGUCUGCGGGUUCGUCUAGCAGGUCAGGUCCAUCAGUGCGCAAGACGCUGUCGGACGAUGAUCGUAGAAGAAUGUGCAAGUAUGCCGAGGAAAAUCCAACUGCCAAGCAGACCGAGAUAGGAUUAUCAAAGGUCCUCAGGAAGAAAGAGCAAUAUCUGAAUCGUGCUCAACCAAAGGAAACUCCACGCUCACCUCCGAACAAGAGACCCAAAGCACGAUUGCCAGACAUUGAAAAGACCCUCUCGGCCUGGGUCAUCAAAGAGCAAAAGAAAGGCUCGCCCAUCACAGACGAUGCAAUCCGAGAGCAAGCCUACUACUUUGCUUCCAUCCCCGGUCCCGAGAACCCAGCCGCGAACCCUAUAAAUAACCCCGGGUGGCUGGAGAAGUUCAAGCAAAAGCAUCGCAUCAACAACAAAGACACCAAAGAUCAAGAAAUACGCAAAGACUCUGUUGCAGACUCUGACAAUGCUCACAAUGUCCAAUCGCCGACCUCACCUUCUGACGAGACCCUGUCUUCCAGUUCGCCUGAAACAAUUUUUCCUGCUUUGGAUAGCACGAUGAGUGCAGAUGUUAAACCUGUGCUGAGCAACAAACGUCGCAAAUCCCCUCCGUCGAUUGAUACAGCAUUUACAGAUUUGGGGUCUACGUCUACAUGUUUCACGCCUCAACUCUUGUCGCCUACAUCGCCUUUCUUCUCUCCAGCAAGUCAGAUCUCUUCCACUAGUGGGGCAUUGCAUUCUCCCUUCCUAGCACAAAACUUCCGCGCUUUGGAUACUUUUAUGGCUGAUUCUCCUCCUUUGGUGUCUGAUACACAACCGCUUUCGCCUUCUCACCACCCCUUUCUCUCUUCCAUCGCUGAUGACAAAGAGAGGUUGGGAAGUAUAGACGAAUGCAUGGAAGAUAUCUCACUGCUUCCUUGUGGUGAUGAUGCCGAUAUCAAGCAACAGCAAGAAGACGUCAAGACCAUCAACCCUGACGCCCUCAAGCCGGAGCAAAACACCAAACCCACCAAACAAGAAGCCAGAGAGGCUUUAGCAGUGGUAGCCCAGUUCUUCGAAGGACAACCCAAGGGAAGUCUAGAAGUGCAGGAAGGAAUGCUGUUAGGGAUUUUACAGCAGAAGUUGUUGCGUUAG